AUGGAUGGAACAUGGACGGACGUCCGACGGAGGAAACCACCGGCGAUUCAAGCAAUCACUAAUUUUUUUGUUGAAGGAUUCCCUGAUGGCACAAGUAAAGGUGAACUCCGGAAGACUUUUGCAAGAUAUGGACAGGUGGUGGAUGUUUACAUCGGCGGAAGAAAGGACUACAGGAAGAAGAAUUACUCAUUUGUAAGAUUCCACGGAGUAAGAGAGGUGAACAACUUGGAAAAGAACUUACAGGGCAUCAUUUGUCAUGGGCAGCAACUUGAGGUAAACUUGGCUAAACAUCAAAGAAAAACUAAGGGUCCAAAAAUUCCUACCUUCCAUAGGGAGGCUGCACUAGAAAUCAAUCUCAGGUAUGUUCCUCAUCCUUCUUCCUCUGUCUUGCAUGCUCAUGACUUUAGAACCAGAACUUAUGCACAAGUAGCGAAGGCCUCAACAACAAAAUCAACUAAGCCAUUAAGCACACCAGUUAUCCUAAAUCCAAACACAAGCAUGAAACAUUGGAUCCAGAAAACAGUCCUAAUUGGUGAAGCCUUCAGCCUUGACCAUAUUGCUAACCUCCCGGCUUCUCUACUUAUGAACGAAAAUACAAAGUACCUUGGUGGUCUUAGGAUUGCCCUAAAGUUCAACCACUCAAUGGAUGCAACUCAAUUCCUGGAGGAUAACACUAGAUGGAAAGAUUGGUUCAAAAAAUUAUCAAGUGCAGAUCAAGUGAUCAAUCCAUUCAGUCAUAUCAUCACCAGACGCGACUUCUCUAUGGGAAACGUAGGUGUAUUAACAACCAAAAAGAGAUGGAUAAAUGAGACGGUUAACAUCAUGGCAGACGGAAUAUCGUUUAUGGUGGGUGUUGUAGAAUACACCGAUGACUGGUCUCCUUUCCAUCCGGUCCCAUUUGACAAAGUGGUGGAGGAAUCGGAAGAUGAAGAGGAGACAAAAAAUGAAGACGACGAGGACGGGAUCUCCGACACAUACAUGCAAGACGACGCAAACGAACUAGAGGAAGCGUUGCCGCUCACGAAAGAAAAUCGUGACAGUGCAAUUAAUGGGAGCAAUUCCCUUCUCGAUGCAAUGAAUUUGAAGAACGCAAACGGUAAAUCGAUGGAAGAGGCGGUCAAAGUUAAUAACGUAACUCAAAAUGGGAACACCCUUGCGGCUGAACCAAAUUAUUCAACAUUGGGAGAGCCAAUUGGGGGAUCUACAUCGCCUGGCACUAAUAUAUUUGGGCCCAUCCAAGACCUUAUGUCUAGUGGCUGUUUCGGGCCUUUCCCUAAUACAAUACCAAUUCAAUUUUCAUCCCCAGCAGCCCAUAUUGGUGACUCGGUAUCUGGUAGUGAAUCAAACACUAGUGGAUCAAAACCCAGGAAACGCAAGAAAAUUAAAACUAAUACUCGUUCAUCACCACAUCUUACUCAACCUAUUCUAUUACCUAAUUUACCCAUUCCCUUUCCUAAUACACAACCAAACCGUCAAAUUGAUCUUAAUGCAAAUCCAACAGUUAAUUUAACUACCCAGUCGGAGACAGAAACUCAUCUUUCUACUCCGAUUACUGAUUAA